AUGGCUGAUUUACGUCGUUCGGCAAGGGUUGCCGCAAGCAAGAGAGACACUUCAAGCAGUGAAGGGCAGAAAAUGGCUGAGCCAGCAUUGAAAAAGGCUAAGAAAUCAUCUGAGGAAUCCAAGACACAUGUAGAAAGUACUGAACCACCAGCAGGCGAGGAUGAAUCACCCAGUCGCGAAGGAGAGGAAUUGUGGAAGCUUCCACGAGAACAGCCUGCUGCCCGGAAGGGAAGAAGAGGCUCAAAGACGAGUGAAUCAGAGGCAGAUUCCACCAGACCUCCAGCAGGAGAAGAUGAAACUUCUAGUAAGGAUGAGAAGCUUUGGGCUUUGCCCAGAGAUGAAUCGAAGGGUGAAGACUCGAAAUCUGCCAACCAUGGGGAUGAUAAACCACCAGAGGAAGGGGAGGAGUCGACAAAGCCGCCAGCCGGAGAGGAUGAGCCUCCAAGCGGAAAAGAUGAAGAACUGUGGAAGUUGAGCAGGGACAAAGAGAAGACCGACGUUGCCAAUGAUUCAGAUGCCACUGCACAGUCGGCCGAAUUAGAUAUUGGCGGAGAGGUUCCUGACGUGACUCUACAGAACCAGGACGGAGAGGACGUUUCGUUAAGGAAGGUUGCUGAGGAAAACAGGAUCAUAAUUAUCUUUGCCUACCCUAAGGCAAGCACUCCGGGCUGUACACGCCAGGCCUGUGGUUUCCGUGACAACUACAGGGAGUUGAAAGAACAUGCGGCCGUAUUUGGUCUGAGUGGUGAUUCCGUGUCCGCCCAAAAGAAGUUUCAGAGCAAACAAGAGCUUCCAUUUGAUCUGCUAAGCGAUCCUAAGAGAAUUUUGAUCGGUCAGCUGGGUGCCAAGAAAACUGCUCAGUCAGGCACAAUCAGAUCUCAUUGGGUCUUCUUUGAUGGCAAGUUGAAAUACAAAAGAGUUAAAGUUUCGCCAGAGAUCAGCGUACAAGAUGGUAGAAAGGAAGUUCUCGAGUUGGCUGCCAAAUUGUAG